AACAGCGAGUUCAUGCGUGCAGCUGCGGCAUGCUACUAGCUGUGGCGACACUUUUGUUGCGUGUGUGAACUCGAACGAACCUUUUGAUUUGUUUUUCAUAGUUCAGCACGGCAAAGAUUGGAGCCUCUCUCUGUGUUAUCUGUGUAUAUCUAUGCUGUAAGGGAAAAAAAAAACUGAUCUUUUGACUUGUGUUUCAAAGUUCAGCACGACAAAGAAGUGUUCUGUGUAUAUCUACGCUGUAAGGGGAAAAAACUGCUUGUAGAUUAUACACUUUGCAGAACUGCCAGUGCAAGUGAAUGUUUACAAACAAUGCAACAAGAUGUUACCAGGUUUGGUUAGUGUGAGAAUAAGCAGACUAUUUUAUAAAUCAGCACGGUCAUUUGUAUGUGCUAGGAUUAGAGUCCCUGUAGGCUAUGGACAGAGACGAAUUAACGUAGUAGGCACAUUGCCACAAAUCGACAUACACGCGCACAGGUUCAAGUACACGAAAAAACAAGUGAAUACCGAAGAAGACGAAGACGAUGAUAUUGACAGUGUAUCAGAAGUUUUAGACCCUUCAGAUAAAAGCAUAAGCACUAAGAAGUGUAAUGUCACUUCGCUGCGUGUUGACCUGAUUAUAAAGGCUGGAAUGGGAAUGGCACGAAACAAGGUAGAAACAUCCUUUUAUGAAAGUCGAAUACGAAUAAAUGGGAAGAAGAUACUUAAGAAAAGUGUACAUGUAAAUGUUGGUGAUGAGAUUGAUAUAAUACGUGGACCAAGUUCUUCAAAUCCAGAUUUUCUGGUUGUAACUCGGAUUGAGUUACUGUCAGCAACUCCAAAGGAUGAUUCUGUAGUCGUGCAUCUGAAACGUCAUAAGAAUUUAGUAGUUGAAAAUUAUAAUGAACCGUGGAGAGGUUCAUUGGCCUGAGCAUCAAUUUGUUCAAUACAGAAAUGUUUUUGUAACAUUUUACUAAAUAUGAUUGUUAGAUUUUCACUGUUUUCAUCAAAUAAAAUAUGUUUUUUCCUGA